AUGCCGCCAGCCUCGUCGCCUUCCGUGUCUCACUUCAACGAACCCUUCAUCUCUGCCCUCGAUGCCGCUGCCCCCAGCAAUGCAAGUGACGAUCCAAGCUACUAUGCCCGCUACCCCCGGACACUGGUCACCACAUCCAACCUCGACACAUUCAUGACGGGUACCGGAUCCGCAAUCUAUCAAUCUCUCGUCCCGCUGCUUGAAUCUGCCAACCACGAGCUCAUCCUCGUGACAUGUUUCUGGGCGCGGUCCGCAACCCUCGACACACUCAACCACGUGCUGAGAAGACUGUCCGACAAGGCUGUGAGACGAGGCACGGAUAAGAUUAGAGUCCGGCUAUGUUUUUCAUCAAGCUCCCUUUUCCAGAAACUGUUCCACAACCAGGCCAUAACAGGCCAGACAUAUCCUCCCGCCACAUGGGUCAGCAAGCUGGGUCUGCCCGACCCGUCGGAGCUGAACGGCCUCAACCUCGAGAUCAAGUCGAUAUUCCUCAUGCCGUUUAGCGUUAUGCACCCCAAGUUCAUCAUCGUGGACCGCCAAACAGCCGUCCUGCCCAGCUGCAACAUCAGCUGGGAAGAAUGGUUUGAAGGCGCCGUCACCCUCUCCGGGCCCAUUGUAUCGCAGUUCUUAAAAUUCUACCGCACAUUCUGGGAGCGGCGACAAGACGAGCCCACGACUCUCGACGCAGAGCCCCUCACCGCCGUGAAACCCGUCGAAGCCCUCCAAUCCUCAAUCCAGCUCUCAUCCACAAACACGCCCAGCAUCUUCCUGCCGAGCCCCCACCGCCGGAACCCACACUUCAGCCUCUUCGCACCGCAAGAUGCACUACAAGCACCCCCAACACCACUCAACACGUUUCUUCUCACGCUGUUUGCAAACGCACACCGCACAAUCCGCAUCCAAACACCCAAUCUGACGGCGCCUCCCGUCCUCGCUGCGCUCUUGCGCGCCCUCGCCCGCGGCAUCCACGUGACGAUUCUCACAUCAGCCCGCCUCAUGAUCCUCGAGCAACUCGUAACCGCAGGCACCACGACGCACCGCUGCAUGGCCAAGCUCAUAAAGCGGUACCGCGCGCUGUGCUCCACGUACCACCGCCACGACACGUCGAGCGUCGACGAGGAAACAGCAAUGGCUGCAACCCAGCCGGGCACCCUGCACGUGUCGUUUUUCGAGCCCAUGGGCGGCGCCCGCGGCAAAGGCGACGAAAGGGGUGAGCCGCAGCAGUCGCAUUUGAAAAUGACGGUUGUCGAUGACGACGUCGUGGUCCUGGGAUCAGGGAACCUCGAUCGCGCCAGUUGGUAUACCAGUCAGGAGUUGGGCGUGGCGUUUUUCGGCGCCGACCUCGUGCGUGGGAUUACGGGCUCGGUGGAUGAGGCGGUUGAGGGGAGGGUGAAGGUGCUGUUUGAUAGUCGGAGGGAGUGAGUGUAGUCAUGUUUUUGGGUGUCGUUUGACGAGGCAUAGCAUAGCACUGUUGCAUCAGGCAUGGAUAGAGAUGGGGGAAAAAGCGACUGCCAGAUCAUGCAUCCAUUUUACUAUUAAUGUCGGUCGCUUACUACGCAAAACAGACUGUGUAUACCACGACGCUUCUACCUUGGCAGCAUCUGAGCUAGCUUUGCAUGUGUAAGUGAAGGAGGUACAGCAGCAGUAAC